AUGUUAAUUCGUGCCUUUUCAUUCAACUUUGCAGGGUUACAAAAUGUUAGUGGCAUCAAUUUUCUUUUCAAAGAGGGUCCAAAAGUCAAUGCAAAGUUUGAGCUGAAGCCGCCACCAUAUCCACUGAAUGGUUUGGAGCCUGUGAUGAGCCAGCAGACACUUGAGUUUCAUUGGGGGAAGCACCACAGGACUUACGUGGAAAAUCUGAAAAAACAAGUUGUUGGGACAGAGCUUGAUGGGAAGUCACUGGAAGAGAUUAUAGUCACUUCAUACAAUAAGGGUGACAUUCUUCCAUCUUUCAAUAAUGCAGCACAGGUAUGGAACCAUGACUUCUUCUGGGAGUGCAUGAAACCAGGUGGAGGUGGAAAACCAUCAGGGGAACUUCUUGAACUAAUUGAAAGAGACUUUGGUUCAUUUGAAAAAUUCCUGGACGAGUUUAAGGCUGCUGCUGCAACACAAUUCGGUUCAGGAUGGGCCUGGCUUGCAUAUAGAGCAAGCAAAUUUGAUGGGGAAAAUGCAGCAAAUCCUCCUUCACCCAAUGAGGACAACAAGCUAGUGGUGAUCAAGAGUCCCAAUGCUGUGAACCCUCUUGUCUGGGGAGGUUAUUAUCCACUUCUUACCAUUGAUGUUUGGGAGCAUGCUUACUACCUUGAUUUUCAGAACCGUCGCCCUGAUUAUAUAUCAGUGUUCAUGGAUAAGCUUGUUUCCUGGGAUGCAGUGAGUUCUAGACUUGAGCAAGCUAAGGCUUUAAGUGCAUGA